AUGGCAUCGCUACUUCCAUGGGGAGAUUUGGGUCUAGCAUUUAAGUCUGCGAUCUCUCAGACAUGGACUGUCCUGGACGAUUGGAGAGUGUCCGAACUGGAGUUUGAAGCGGCAAGGAAGCAUUACGCUUCUGUCAACGGUGCUCCUAUGGAUGAUCUCACGACCAAGACUCAAAAUUUGGCAGAAGCAGCUAAAACGGUGAAGCAAAUGGAUUGCCUCACUAUAUACAACGACAAGCAACUAUGGUUGGCUUUCAAGUUCUUUGACAAAUACGGACAUGAUGCCCGAAUCGAAAUCUCCCCAGAGCUUAAGAAAGGAGACGCUCGCACUCUACGUUCCAUUUCAAAGAAGCAUUUCCUAAAGGAACUUCCCUAUAUUCCAAACCCACCGCGUUUCAAGGACACAUACCUCUAUCUGAAUGUGAACGAGAUUAACUGGGACUAUUACUAUUGA